AUGGAGACCCAGUUUGCGGCCAGCGCCGACCUCUCGGCGAUCACCGACGAGGAUCUGCUGCGCAAAAUGUGGCAACAGGCGGAGGACUUCUCGCGCAAGAAGGAGAUCCGGGCGUACAUGUACAAGCUGCGCGAGCAGCGGCUGAAGGACUUUUACGCCAGCAACGACAGUAGCCCGCCGUACUUCCUGAUGGAUAAUGCGAGCGCCACGUUCGGGCUGAAGAAGACGGGUGCGGUGACGGUGGGCAGCCACGGCAAUUCGCUCGUCGACCAGAGCUUCGAGAGCUUCAAGACGAAGGAGAUCCGCGACUCGGAGAGCCCGACCAGGUUCGGCACUCCAGCGGCGAUGGCGACGGUGACGGCGGCGGCGGACGGAAGCAGAUCCGGCUGGCAGAUCCGGACGUCGGAGGAGGUGAGCGAGGACGGCAAGACGCACACGGUACGCAGCUCCGCCACCACCGAGGGCACGCAGGAGCUGGACGGGGGCGGCCGGGCCCGGUUCGCCGGUCGGAACGAGGAAGCGCACAGCGAGCGGUACGAGGAGGACCCCGAGAGCGGGCUCGCGGUUCGCAGUGCGGUCGCCCAGUCGGACACGUUCCUGUCGGAGGACCGCGAAGAUGGGGCCGGCCACCGCCACCGGUUGGUGACAGCCAGCCAGACCUCCCACCACCACCACCAGUCGUCCUCCAGCAGCAGCAGCACCACCACCAACACCGACGGCAGCAGUGCCCGCCUCGGGUCCGUGCAGCUCUCGCAGGACCCGGAGCGCGUGCGGGAAGCAUUCCGGCUGGCGGGGCAAGAGGGUGGCACGGUGGUGGAGCGCGAGGAGCAGCUGGUGAACGCGACCACGAGGAUGAUCACCGAGACGAAGCAGCUGGCCGACGGGACGACGGUGACGACGCGCACGUACGAGAAGGUUGCCGGUGAAGCUGAGCUGGAAGUGACGGGGGUGGGUGACUCGGCGGCGGUACCGAUGACAACCCCCGGCACCCAGGCCAGGGUCGCCACCUCGGCCGAGAAGAUCCUGGUGGAGGUGGAUGCGGCCCACGAAACGUUCGUCCGGUCGCUACGCUCGGUAUCGCCGGCCGCCGGCGGGGUGGACCAGGGCACCUCACCACCGCAAGGGGGUCGCAAGGGUCGCACCUCGCCGGCACCGGCUCCCGCCGUUCCGGUUCCGGAGGCAACUACAUGCGAUCGACGAUCACGUCCGAGCGGAAACAGUCGCAACGCUGCGACACUGAUGCAACCGGGGAUAGUGGCGGCGGCGGCGGCCGAGCGGAUCGGUCGGCUAGCCCCCGGAAGGUGUCCACGGGGACGACGGCGCAGACGAAGGCAGGGCGGCACGAAACCGCCGCUCGUGCGCAGCGAAACGUACGAGGAACGCUGCCGAAAGAUCCUUGGCAUGUCGGAAACGGCCACCGCCGCCGCCGCCAAUGGUCCCGACCCGGCCACCGGUAGCAUCUUCAGCACCUACGACAACACCGUGACGACGACGGUGGAGACGCAGGUGCGCACCACCACUACCACCACCGGGAAGGCGUCUUCCGGCGUGCGCCUGCUGACGAAGCAAUCGUCCGACGGGAAGUUCGAUCGGCGGCCCAUCAGCACCAAGAGUUCGUCCGACUUUGACGUGAAGCGACAGACGGCGACGGUGGCGGCGGCUGCGUCCGCGCCGGUGCCCCGGAAUCACCACAUCACGGUGGCCAAGAUCAAGAUCGAGUCGGUGCGGGGUGGCGCCGUCAAGCAGCAGGUGGGCCGCGCACGAGGUAGUACCACCACCACCACCACCACCACCACCACUACCGGUAGCAGCGUCCGGCGACAGGCAGCUCACUGCGACUCGGAGUCCGACAAGGAGACGGGUGUGUCGGACAGCGAACCGGAACCGACCGAGACCGGAGCCGUGUCGAAGGUAUCGUCCAGCAGCAGCAGCAGCACCACCACUACGCGCACCGUUCGCGCUGGUUCCGGUUCCGCGGCAACACCGGCCUCGGCUACAUCGGCCAUCAGGCAGGUGUCCAUCGACAGCCUCGACCAAGUGUGGGACGAAGCCGUGCUAAAGCAGUUGCUGGAGCAGUCCACGAGCUACGACGAUCGGCGCAAGAUUCGGGCCCGCAUCCGGCAGAUAAUGGCCGAGAAAGAAGCAUGCACCGACAUCGUCGCCAGUGUCACCGCCGACCUGCAGCGGGAUCGCACCCUGCAGCAGCAGACAUCAGCGGCCGCCACCGCAGCGGCAGCAGCGGGUGAGUCACUGCUGCUGUUACCGUUACUGCAGGGCCUGCUACUGAGCAAUGCGGCCGCCCUCGGUGCAGGCGUUGGGAACGGUGCAGUAGGGACAGCGACGACGACGGCGGCCCUGCUACCGGUCGAGGACUCGGGCACCGAGUCGGGCGAAGAUUUGCGCCUGUUGGCCGCCGGCCUCCACGAAGCGGCGCUGCAAACCCACCCCAAGGGGGCGACGGUGGGGGCGGCAGCCCCCCCGGCCGCCGCCCAAUGUUCGGUGCUGAGCGAAGUGACGGCCGCUCUCGAGCGGCUACAGCGGACGCUGCGCGGCGAGGGCGGUGGCGGGAGCGCCCCCGAUGUGAUGCAGCUUGACACCGAGAAGCGGCACGCCCUGCUGGCCCUCGUCGCCCGCCUACAGGAGGGUCUAGGGCAGCCGGAAGCGAUGGCGGCGGCCGCAGUGGCUAGAGGUGGUGGGGUCGUCAGUGGCGAAGGAGCAGGCGGUGGUCCCCGGCGGUCCUCCGCUGAAGCACAGUUGGACGCCGGCCAAAGCCGCCACCGAGUGGUGCCGGGGGCGGCAGCACCGCCGACAAGUUCACGAUUCGGCGGUGGCGGUAGCGGCGGAGGCGGCGGCUCGAAGCGUCGCACCAACCGCAGCAACCGCCACACGGUGGGCGUUAGUCGUGAGGAGCUCGCCGAUGCGAGAAGGUUCAUCGAGGAGAUGGUGUUGGUGAACGGUACGGUACAUCAGUCGGCGGCGGCGCCGUUGCAGCCGCCGCAGCCGCCACAACCCGUUGCCACGGGGGUUAGCGAGAGGCCGCCCCUCCAGAAGCAGCCGGCGCCGCCGCCGCCGUUUGCGAUGAAGCGCCCGAGUCAGUUCGUGCCGAAGGAGAUGCAGAACGCACAGACGGCCAUCGACAAGCUGGUGCUGCCGCCAGCCGCCGUGCCGCCGCCGCCGCCGAAGAGCGCUGGCGGCCCGCCAACGGUUCCGCCCCGGACGGCCGCUGCCAAGGCGGCCAAACAGAAACUACUGCUGAGCCGCCAGUCACUGAGCGUCGACCAGGUUCAGCCGCCCACCGCGGCGGCCUCUAAACCACAGCCGCCGCCGCCGCUGCAAGGGCCAGCCGCCGAGCAGCACUUCCGGAAGCCGACACAAACGGCCGCCCAGCGGGCACUGGUCAAGAAGUACUCGUUCAACGACGGCUCCAGCUCGGACGAGGAGCGCACGAAACACGCCCACCGAAAGCCGGAAGAACAGCCGCCGGCGGCGGCGCCGCCGAGUAAGACGGCGGAACAGGUGGUGCUGCGGAACAAGAGCACCACCACGCCGGUCGUCAACACGGUGCAAAGGAUGGUCAACCGCGAGGUGAAACUGCAGCCGCCGGCGGCUACGGCUGCCGUGGCGGCCAAAGUCACGGCGGCCAAAGUCAACAAAGCGGAUGGUGAUCACCAUCACCUCAACAAGUACACGAGCAAAAAGUUGCGCAUGAAGCGCGCCAACACGAUCGACAUCCCGAAGAAGCUGCUUCUGACGGGCGGCUACGACGACGACGACAGCGAUGGAUGCCGCACAGGGGAACGCAGCACCACGACCAGCACCACCACCACGAAGCCGCACCAUCUAUCGCCAGCGGCGGCGCCGCCGCCGCCGCCGGUAGAGGUGCCGGACUUUAAGCCGCGCACCGAGAAUGACCUCAAGUUCAUGGCCUUCCUGCAGCGCCAGGGGAAGCAAGGGCAGGCUCGCCAGGGCUGGAGCAAACCGGUGCCGCCGCGCGAGCACGCCGGGUCCAGUAACUGGACGAACAAGUUCGACCACCUGAAAAGCAACUUCGAGCAGUCGGCGGCUGCUGCGGCGGCGGCUGAGCGGCGCAGCCUCUCGGAGCUGCCGCCGCGUCACGGAGCGCCCAAGGCAUCGGCGAUGCACUUCUGGCGGAACCGGGCGGCAAGCGGUUCGUUCGACGACACCGAGCCGCCGCCGCCGAGAGCGGCGCCGCCACCCGUCCUCGAAGGACGGCUCGUGCUGGGGGCGCGCAGAACCGGGGCCGCCAGCGGCUCGACCAAUCAGUUCUCGCACGCAGCCGCCUCCGUCUUCAAGCCGAUACCCCGCAAGCUGGCGGUGGAGGUGGCGGCUGGUCCGGAGUCACACAAAGCACCGCAAACCGCCGUCGUCAAGCCGAUCCCGGCGCACUCGACCCCGCACUCCACCGGCCUGGUCAAACAGUUGGUAGCCGCCGGGUUCCACGAAACGGUGGCGGCCGUCAAGCCGGAGCCGCUGAACGUGCAGCUUGGCCUCGUCCGCUCGCUAGCCGCCCAAGGCUACCAGGAACUCCCGUACGUACCACCGGCGCGUCUCGAGCGCACCCCGACGCAUAACGUCCUGAACUACCGACCGCGUCCGGACGGUGCCGGGAUUGAGCCGCCGCCAUCAGCCGCCCCGUGGGCGGCUAAGAAGGGCACCAGCACGGAGGGAGAGACGGCGGGGCGCGUGGCCAGCAUCGCGUCGACCAAGUUCACGGCCAACCCGUUCGGGCACAGCAAGGCAACGCUUCCCGUACAGCCGCCCCUCACGUACCACGGUUCGCUCAAGUACAACGAGAAGCCGCUGGCCUAUCAGGGAGCCGCCGGCGGCGGCGAGAAGCGGCCAUCGCUGCCGGACGUGUCGACGACGAUCGCGUACACCUUCACCGACUACACGCAGCCCACCUCCGUGUCAACGUUCUCGUUGAACCGCAGCGAUUCGCUGACCAACCCGGACAACGAACCGCUCGUCCUGACGAGCUUCAAUUCGGUCUUUAGCCCCCCUUCGAAACAGCCGCCGCCCGUAGCGGCAGCCAUCAGCUAUCUGGCCGUGAACGUGGACCAGCGUAGCUCGUCGUCACACUCCCCGGCCGACGACGGGGACGACGACGACGAGGACGACCUGGAGUCGGUCGACUCGCACGAGAUGCCGCGAGCCGUCUCGAAGGUGAUGCAGCUUCCGGUCAGCCAGCAGGCGACCUACUCUGGACCAACUCGCCAGCAGCCGUCGUCGCAGUCGCCGCACCUGGCCGUUCGGUCGGGCCGCGGUUCACUCAUCGCCCAGAGCCUGCAGUCGACGCUGAAGAAGCUCAAGGACAAGAGCCCGACCCCGCCAUCGACCAUCAGUCAGCCGCCGCAACAGCCGCCGCAACAGCCGCCGCAACAGUCGCCGUACCGUCAGUCGGCCGCCGUGGCGCCGCCGCAUGCCAUCUACAACAACGUUAGUCACCAGCAGCAGCAGCAUCCCUUGGCACGGGCGCGCUCGAGCCACACGCUCGCCUUUGGGCCACCAUUAGCCGCCACCCAUCAGCCGCCGCAGCCGCCGCCACCAAUCGGUGGUGCUUUUGGUAGUAGUAGUAGUAGUAGUAGUAGUAACAGUAAGCAGCGCAACGUUGAGGCGUACUUUGGCGGCUAUUCGAUGGGACGGGCCGCCUCGAACCACAGUCUCGCACCGACGACGGCGACGACGGCAGUGCUACGUGACAAGAGCACCCUCCUGGGCGGCUCACGACCGGCCCCCGUUCGCCCCGUUUCGUACGCGAUCGGCGGCUACUACGGUGCUACGGGCGGCUAUCAUCCGCAGACGGCCGCCUACCACUUCCAACGCACUCUGGCCCUGCUCGAUGAGAGCAACGUCGAGGACGCGUUCGAGGAGCUCAUGAACCAAUCGUUCGCGGUCUAA